UGGUUAUAAAAUAAUAUUCCGGUCACGUGGUUCAGGAAAUGAUCAGAAUUCUAGAAUCUGGGGAUUCAAAUAAAAUUCAGGAUUUCUUAACUUACAACGCAACAGAUGAGGAGUCAUCUGAUGAAGAAACCGAGAGGUCGUCUGAAGAAGAUACGGAGCAGUCUUCUGAAGAGGAAGCCGAGAAUUCAUCUGGAGAAGUAUCUGAGCAGUCGUCGGACAGAUCUGAAGAGGAUACCGAAGAAUAUGUAUCCAAAGUCUUUAACAAGUUUGAAGAAAAUGAAGAAAACAAAGCUGUUGAAAAUAAGGAUGCCAUUUUGGACGAUCUGUUCGAACACAAUUCUGAAUCUAUGAAUGAGAGCGUUAAUGAUGAUAACAUUGAAUCUGUAAAUGAAAACGUUGAUUUUGGUGCUCUUGAUGCGAUUGCGGACGAGAACCUAGAUAAGCUUGAGAAAGAUCUUGAUGAUGUUCUUGAGAAACUGGAUGACGAGGAAGAUUAUGAAUAUAAUUGAUCAAUUAAUUAUUAAAAUACAAAUUAUAAUUUAGAAA